GCAAGAGAUACAACCUGUUGUAUGACCUGGCCUCCGCUACGACAGCCUCGAUUACGAACUGAUGAGAAGUCAUUGACGAAAACAUUUACGUUGCAGAUUGGUUAUGAGUACUUUGCUUCAAAAGACCCAACUUGACCACCAAUAUCCAGAAUAACUAUUAUUUCUAGUGCGGGACAGAUCUCAAUUUUUUUAGGGUCCGAAAUAAAAUUACGCGAUGAAGAUCACAAUCAACCUACUGCUGGUAGCGCUUUGCGUAAUCACUAUCCGUGUAUCAACACAGCCAACGCCGACUCCUGCAGUCGUGUCGUCUGAUUUUGAAUCUGAGGUUGAGUCCUCUGAUAUUGAGAGUGAAGAUGCAGCUGCAUUACCAGUUGGUGGAACCACAGAACCGGAAAGCGACAGCAGCUCAAGCGAGGAGGAGGUAUCUGAUGUAGAAAGCGAUCCUACAGAAGCACCAGAUUCUGGGGAUGCAACAACACCCGCACCUCUGGGAGGUAUCGGUGGUGGGGCAGCGGGUGGAGAGUUGGCAGGAAGCAACAAUGUCGCUGCCGAGAAUGCAGCAGGCGAUUCGUCAGGCGCUGUUUUUGGAAUGAAGGCUAGCGAUCAGGCAGUACAACCGGGUGGUUUCAGCGCAACUGCAGUCGGUGUAGCUACGACACUUGGUAUCGUCGGUACUCUCGCGGCAGUGGCUGGAAUCGUUGUUUACAUUAAAAAAAAAUAACUCUAUAGACGUUAAACAAACAUUAUUUACGUUCCAUUUUUAUACGUUGUAUUUAGAUCUGAAAUGCUCAUAAUGUUCGAUUUAACGUUUGUAACUUGAUAUACAGGACUAGAUUCAGCGUGACUUACUUCCAUUGAAGAUAUUAGAAUAUAGUACUUGUUGACUUCAGGAUAAUGAUCGUUGGCUGCAAUAAAGUAUUGUAAAUAUUAGCAUUAUUUUAGAUGUAGAUGAAUAUUCAUUGUCACUUACAUUGAGCAAAUAUGCUGCACUGAAAUAAUUUUGUUUUUACGUUGAAUAUAUUGUAAUAUUAGCGUAAUCAUCAACAUAAAAACUUAUAGUUGUACCGUGUAUGGGUAAAUAUUUUGUCAAUAAAUAUAUUUUGUGAUGAU